AUGUGGGUGCGUACGUGCGUAUGUACGUGUGUGUAUGUAUGUGUUGGAGCUGAUGAUGAAAGACUUGCACCAAUGGGAACUACCAAUGCUGCGUUAUCACUACGUCGUUUCACUCAAACAUCAUUUAACUAUCGCGUAAAUUCAGUGCUUCCACCGCCAAUUCCUUCUGUGCCCGCACCUUUGACCCCUAUUUCUUCUUCACCACAUUCCAGUCUCAGCAGCAACGGUUAG